UCAGAGGUAUAAGAGGCCACAUCCUAUUCUGGGCUUCAUAAAGAGGAACCUUCAACAGCUCACAUACAGAGCUUCUGCCUCAAAGGACCACUCAUUGAAGCAGAAAUAAAAAAGGAAUAUAAAGACAGGGGAGUGAUCAGAAGACGAAUAGUGGGUCAGACUUUGUUUCAGUAGGUCUGUCUGAGACAUCAUGGAGGGUAACAACAGAAAACAGAGAGAAAGAUUAGAAGAAAGAUCCCCAGAGACGUCUCCUAUGACGGUUCCGGUAACCCAGCCACGCUCCUCAAUGUUCUCCUGCUGUUUGGGGAUGGCAUCUGAUGAACCUGUAGGCGACCCAGCUAGUAAUGUAACACAAGGCUCUAUUAUGAAGCAGCCCACCAGACAGUCUUAUGUCAACAACCCAGACACCAGCGGACGCAUAAUACGAUUGGAGAAUACUGAGCUGCAAAUGUUUCCCACUGGUGCCAUGAGGUCGAACAACACCCCACAACCAGGGCAACCAGAGCCUUCUAAUAAGAUGAAGAAUAAAAGAGGGGACCAAGAUGGAAGGAAGGAGCUCAACCAGGGGUCCAGUCAGCAGAACCAGGAUCAAAAGAUCAAGUUUCUGAUCAAUGUGCCCAUGAGGGUCCCACUACUUAACAACAACCGACUGGACCAAAUCCAGUCACAGGUUCAAAGGUUACUGAAGUUGUUGGAGGAUACAGGAUUUAAGGAGGAAGAUGAGGAGCACCUGAAAGAUGUGGCCAUCAUCAUUGGCCUCAAUGGCAAAGAUUCUCCUGAGCUCAGGGGACAGCUGACAAUGCUGAUGAACAUGGAGGAGAAUACGGUAUUGAAGUUUAAAAAGAUUUCAUUUACCUGGGGACCCAAUGGUAACAUUAAAUAUGUAGACAGUAUAAAUAAAAUAAAAGGUAUACCAUAUACGGAUAUCAGAGAAUAUCUAAAAGAUCAUGAAGAAACUAAACAGCUUGUUAGAGAGUUGAGAGGAGAGGAUCCUGACGCUCUGAUCUAUUUCAGUUUUAUUGACGCUGAUACUGUAAACUUUAACCAAGUUUACAGCUCUUAUUUAGAGAUAGUCAGAAAGCACUCUAACACUCACUCUGGCAUCCCCCCAACGGUGAUGUCAACAGGCUAUGAGUUUCCGGACAGGGCUUUUAAGAGGCCAAGCCAGGUUGACAGAGCAAUUCGAGUUGAGACAGCAAAACACUUUCCUCUAGGCACAUACUAUCCAGAGCCCAACUUCUGUGUUUUACUCCUAAAGGGGGAGGACACACUAACAGAGAGCUUUCUUGGAAAAGACAAAACAAUGGAGUCGCCAAAAAUUAUCAAAAAAGUUAAGGAGCGUGAACAAUUCACAGCAGUCUUUACCGCUGACAAUCCCAUAAUUACCUCUGUUCCAGCAAGGUGUCAAAUAAAUAAGGAUGGCCUGACAACUGCUCAAUCACAUUUUAAUCCUAGAGUUUGGGCAACAAGUGCAUACAUCCAUGGUGAGAUAAAGAGUGAACUAAAGGGCCAAGGAAGUUUUGGUAAAACAAGACGAUUAUUGAUGGAACUGUUGACUUGUCCAGAUGAGAAAUUUGAGGACAAGUGUAAAGAACUUCCUGUGGUAAAUGAUGAUGCAUUUCUGAGCCUGUGUAAGGCAGCUGGUGAGGUCCGAGAAUACAGAAAGAAAGUGAGGGGGUAUGCGAACCAACAGGAUAAGAGGAGUCCGGCAGAGAGCAGAGCAAAACAACCAGAGAUGUAACGCAUACCAAUUCAUGGCACUUCUAAAGCCUAGACUUAUGUUGACAUAAAAAUCUGUAGCCUUACUUUUGUUACGACUUUUAUUUUGCCGUAAUGUAUUGAGACACUGUUUGUAGCCUGGGGACUUUUAUUUUGAAAGCGAUAAUAUUCCCAGAGGCACCUUUGAGAGAGUGUGGAGAAAAAGACACAGAGUGGAUGUUGAUGACUGCGUGGCUGUAUGUCUUGGUCCAGAGUAAUUCAACUACACGUAACAGUUUUCCUUUGUAGCCCGUGUGUUAUUUUUACUGCCAAUCCACAAGUCCUCUGUUGGAGGUAGUGUUUAAUACCUAAAAGUAGAAAUAAGAGUUAUUCCACAAGUCCUCUGUUGGAGGUAGUGUUUAAUACCUACAAGUAGAAGUAAGAGUUAUUCCACAAGUCCUCUGUUGGAGGUAGUGUUUAAUACCUACAAGUUAAAAUAAGAGUUAUACAAAUCUAUCCAAUCCACAAGUCCUCUGUUGGAGGUAGUGUUUAAUACCUACAAGUUAAAAUAAGAGUUAUACAAAUCUAUCCAAUCCACAAGUCCUCUGUUGGAGGUAGUGUUUAAUACCUACAAGUAGAAAUAAGAGUUAUACAAAUCUAUCCAAUCCACAAGUCCUCUGUUGGAGGUCGUGUUUAAUACCUACAAGUAGAAAUAAGAAUUAUUCCACAAGUCCUCUGUUGGAGGUAGUGUUUAAUACCUACAAGUAGAAGUAAGAGUUAUUCCACAAGUCCUCUGUUGGAGGUAGUGUUUAAUACCUACAAGUUAAAAUAAGAGUUAUACAAAUCUAUCCAAUCCACAAGUCCUCUGUUGGAGGUAGUGUUUAAUACCUACAAGUUAAAAUAAGAGUUAUACAAAUCUAUCCAAUCCACAAGUCCUCUGUUGGAGGUAGUGUUUAAUACCUACAAGCAGAAAUAAGGGUUAUACAAAUCUAUCCAAUCCACAAGUCCUCUGUUGGAGGUAGUGUUUAAUACCUACAAGUAGAAAUAAGAGUUAUACAAAUCUAUCCAAUCCACAAGUCCUCUGUUGGAGGUCGUGUUUAAUACCUACAAGUAGAAAUAAGAGUUAUUCCACAAGACCUCUGUUGGAGGUCGUGUUUAAUACCUACAAGUAGAAGUAAGAGUUAUUCCACAAGUCCUCUGUUGGAGGUAGUGUUUAAUACCUACAAGUAGAAAUAAGGGUUAUACAAAUCUAUCCAAUCCACAAGUCCUCUGUUGGAGGUAGUGUUUAAUACCUACAAGUAGAAAUAAGAGUUAUACAAAUCUAUCCAAU